UGCAGGAUCCAACGGUGGGCUCGCUGUUAUGGCUCGGAGUGUUACGGACGUCUUCCGUUUGGCUGCUGCUGUGGACGGUUACGUAAAGGGUUCAGUGUUGUUGAUGUUUCAUGUCAACGAUCAGGAUGACACGCGACGGUGGCACGGGCCCCCUGCCUCCACCGCCUCCUCCUUUCCCGCCCAGUACAUAUACUGACCCGCACAUUCCCAUCCCCACUUCUUUCUCUUUCCAUCUCCCCGCCACCCACCUUCUCGCCCCGCCUCUGACCGCACCAACAUCACUCAACAUGGCAGCUCCUCCGCCUCUGCCUGUGCGUACUCUCACACACUCGCCGGUCUCACCUCUCCCAGCGUGUCGCUCGGCUAGUCUCUUCUUGGGUAUGUGGCUGAUGAGAUGUCUUUUCCCAGACUUUGACCGUCGCCGAGUCAGAAUAUCUCGCAUUCUUGAACUGGAAGAAGGCAAACUCUGAAGCUCUCGCUACGCCUCCUGCACCUACACCCCCUCUCCCACCGCCCGACGCGUUAACAAUCGACAACCUUGCCUCCCAGACUCAAAAUAUCUCUCUCCA